AUGAUGAUAAAAAAAAAAUCUUACCAAGUGGGCGUUAUGCUACGCUGGCUGGUAGGACCCAUUUGCCAGAUGCACCGUCUCCUCCGAACAACCGCUUCUCGUGGAUGCAUCCGGCAGCGCCACCGCCUCCUCUCCGCCGUCGCUGGCGGCGACCAACCGAUCCGCGACCUCCCGCCGACCACCUGCGCGGUCCCAUGGAACCGCCUCCUCUGCGCCCACAUCUGCCGCUCCCGUCCAGACCUUGCGCUCGCGCUCUACCGCCGCAUGCGCGCGCUCUGCCCCGCGCUCCCUAACACCUACACGCUCCCCCUCGCCCUCCGCGCGGCGACCUCCCCACGAAUCGCGUCCGCCAUCCACGCACACGCCCUCCACCUUAGCUUGCAUGCCCACCCGGACGUCGCCGGCCAGCUCCUCGCCGCCUACGCCAGGCACGGCCGCCCCGACGAGGCCCGCCACGUGUUCGACGCAAUGCCGUCCAAGAGGACCACCAUGUCCUGGAACACGCUCAUCUCCGCUUAUUCGGUCUGCUGCGACCCCGACAGUGCAAUGGCCACGUUCGGGCGCAUGGCCGCCGCCGCUGACGAGGCGCUCCCCGACGCCGUGACGUGGACGACGCUGCUCUCGGCGCACGCGAGGUGCGGCAAGCACCCGGUGGUUCUUGAACUGUUCGGAGACAUGCACCGCAGCGGAUGUGAAGGGAAUGCCGAGUCCGUGGCCGUGGCGCUCUCGGCGUGCCCCUACGCCGGCGACCUCGCGUUGGGGAAAGGGAGGGCGAUACAUGGCUACGGCGUCGCAAAGGGCGUCGUCCGUGGCUACCUGUUCGUCACCAACUCGCUGGUGUGCAUGUACGGCAAGCUGGGGAAGAUGGACGACGCCCGGAAGGUUUUCGGGGAAGCUGGAGAGAAGAACACCGUGACAUGGAACGCCCUCGUCACCAGCUACGCCGCGUCUGGGAUGUGCGACGAAGCGUUGGACGUGCUCGUCCGGAUGGAGCAGCGUGGCGGCAUGGCUGCGCCCAAUGUGGUGAGCUGGAGCGCUGUCAUUGGCGGCUUCGCGUCGUCCGGUGACAAUGAGCGCGCACUGGAGCUGUUCCGGCGGAUGCAACGGCGAUGGCUUUCGCCGAACGUGGUGACCUUAGCCACCGUUCUCUCAGCCUGCGCCGAGCUACUGGCGGUGCGGUUGGGUCGGGAGGUCCAUGCCGGCGCGAUCAGAUCCAUGCUCGACCGGCACUCGCUCGUCGCGAACGGGCUCAUCAACAUGUACGCCAAGUGCGGGAGAGUGGCCUACGCACGCACGGUGUUCGACGGUAUGAAGAGCAGGGACCUGGUCUCCUGGAACUCCAUGUUGGCCAGCUACGGGAUGCACGGCCUGUGCGACGACGCCCUUGCAGUGUUCGCAGACAUGGCCGAAGCUAAGGUCGAUCCUGACGGCGUCACCUUCGUCGCCGUUCUGUCGGCGUGCAGCCACGCAGGGCGCGUGUCGGAGGGCCGCCGUCUGUUUGAUCAGAUGAUACUGGAGCACAGGAUUUCCCCAUCCAUGGAGCACUACACGUGCAUGGUCGACCUCCUGGGCCGUGCCGGCUUGCUCAAGGACGCGUCUGAGCUCAUCGAGACGAUGCCGGUGGGAGCCGACCUGUGCGUGUGGGGAGCGCUGCUCAACUCGUGCAGGAUCCAUGGGGACGCAGCCAUGGCCGAAGCCACCAUCGCGAAGGUUCUGCAGGCCGGCGCGGAGACCACCGGCAACCACACGCUGAUCACGAACCUGUACGCCGCGUGCGGGAUGUGGGACGAGUCCAAGAGGGUGAGGGUGAUGACGAGAGAGGCCGGCUUGAGGAAGAGCCCCGGGCAGAGCUGGAUCGAGGUGAAGAACAAGGUGUUCGCCUUCGUGGCCGGCAGUGUGCCGCCGUCGAUGCCCGGAGCUGAGGAGAUCUUCAGGGUGCUCGACGAUUUGUACAGCGAAAUGGACGACGAGAGACACACCAUGGAGCACGAUCACCACAUUGUAAGCGUUUGA